AUGACAGCAGCAGCAGCAGGAGAGAAGCAACAGCAGCUAUCAUCAGAGCAGCAGCAGCAACAGAAGCAGCAGCAGCAACAGAAGCAGCAGCAGCAACAGAAGCGGCAACAGCAACAGAAGCAGCAGCAGCAACAGAAGCAGCAGCAGCAAAACAUGCAGCGCCGAAGCAACACAAGCACAUGCAGCAGCAGCAGCAGCACCAACACAGCAGCAGCAGCAGCUGCUGCAGCAACAGAAACAGCACUGCCAGCAGCACCAAAACAGCAGCAGCAACAUGGAGACAGCAACAGCAGCACCAAGACAGCAGCAGCAGCACCAGCACAACAGCAGCAGCACCAACACAGCAGCAGCAGCACCAACACAGCAGCAGCAGUAGCACCAACACAGCAGCAGCUGCUGCUGCUGCAGCAACAGUAG